GCGAGUGGAGACGUGUCAAGAAUGCCGAAGGUCACAUCAGCAGAGAGCCCUGAAUCUGAUCUGGUGGAGUGACAGCGGAGAGGAGAGAAGAGGAGAGGAGAGGGGCGAUCAUCAUCAUCAUCAUUAUGCCGUACAUACUGAUCAGCACCCAGAUCCGCCUGGAGAUUGGCCCUACAAUAGUUGGAGAUGAAAGUUCUGAUCCAGAGUUGAUGGAGAAGCUUGGAGCCACCAGAAGAACUGUACUUGGGAAUAAUUUUGCAGAAUAUUUUGUAAAUGAGCCUCCACGUGUGACACUGAACAAGCUGGAGAAUUUAGGAUACCGUGUUGUCAGUAUGACAGGAGUUGGGCAGACUCUUGUAUGGUGCCUACAUAAGGAGUAGACAUGCUGUGCCUCACCAGCACCAAAGACUGCUUCAGAUGCCCAUGUGAGCAGCAUCCUGCGAUGUUCCUGAAGAAUUUUUCCCACUGAUAAGUGCAAGAUAGGGUUGCCGAGUUUUUAAAAUGAAGUAUAAUCCUUAUACAUAAGUUUGGAUCUUGCUUGCAUGUUGCAAUGGUGAAUUUGCCACAACAAUAUUAAUAUACUGCCAGUGUUAAUUAAUGUCCUGUGGGCAAUGGUUUAGGUCUGUGCAACUGUACAUUCCUGUGGAACUACAAAUCCAUAUCUUUAUUGCUUGAUUUUCUUAUGUUCCUUCAAUGUGAUUAAAACAUUUGUAUUUUUUAUUUUAUUUGUUUAAUGAAUCAAAAUGUCUUCUUUAAUUAUAAGUAGUCACCCUGCCUUUAGUACUUUAGAAUGAUCAGUCCAGCGAGCAAUGAGAUAGAAUAGCCUAUGGUGACCUAUUUUUGAGUAGUUUAGUAUUAUCAGGACAAUGAAAGCACAUUUCUUCCAAGCCGCUGUUAUGCAUCGCUGGAUAUCAAUGCAUUUGCUAUAGCGCAAAGUCUGUUGUGUCAAAAAAUAAAAAAAGUAUACAUUUGUAUGCAUGCUUUACGAUUUAGGAA